AUGGCCGCCCCCAGCCCCUCCCCCACCCUGGCUCGCCCCGAUGACGUCACGGUGGGGGCGGGGCCACAGCCGGAGCCGGCCCCGCCCCCCGCGGGCAAAGCCCCGCCCCCUCCGCCCCGCCCCCACCUCAGCGUGGCCGUGCUGUGCUUAAUUAAUCUGCUUAAUUACAUGGACCGGUUCACCGUGGCAGGUGUGCUGCCCGAGGUCGAGGAUUAUUUCGGGAUCGGCGACAGCAGCUCCGGCCUCCUGCAGACAGUGUUCAUCAGCAGUUACCUGGUGCUGGCUCCGCUCUUUGGUUUCCUCGGGGACCGGCACAGCCGCAAGCGGCUCCUGGCGCUGGGGCUGGCGCUGUGGUCGGGGGUCACCCUGGCCACCAGCUUUGUGCCACCGCAGGUAAAUAACGCACCUGGGCACACCUGG